AUGGAUUUCAUCAAGACCAGUUCCCUGCGUGCUCUGAUUGAGUUAACUUUCCAACGCAACUGGAAUGGCUUCAUUUGGAUGAGUAGAAAAGGAGUUAUAGCCAAAAGAGUGAAGGCUGCUCCAGACGGCCAUAUCGAGAAUCAGCGCCGAACGCGCAGUCCGGCUGGCCGAGGAACGAAUGUUCCGCGCUCGGCCAAAACCGUAUCCGUCCGACUGAAGUCUCGGCCAAAGUCCAAAACCACUCGGCCGAUCACGCAUCACGACCCGGGAAACUUAAGCCCGCGGUCGGCCACGCCACAACGCCACGCCGCGCACGACCAAAGCGCGCGAGCCGGGGAAGUAACGCCUCGCGGCCGCGCAACUCACUCGCGUACCACGCACGAACAUCCGUCCGACCCGGGAAACUCCCGCGUCCGGCCGAGAUUUCCAUCGGCCAAUCUAUCCGCCCGACCACAGCCGGCCGACCGUGAAAUCAUCCGGCCCCGACCGUUCCGGCCGAUCGUCCCGACCGACCGUCCGAACGCCGCGGUCGACCCGAAGCCGUUUUUGAAGCCCAAUCCGCACAAUUCAAGCCCAAAGCCGGCGCCGACCUAG